GUCACACUCGAAAAUUGUUUGCCCGCGCGAGGUGCUGCGUUUCCUUUCGGCUCGCAUCGAAAACACACAAAAAAAAACUCUUGACCGCCGGGAAAAUCGCGAAACAAUAUUGGGUUUUUUUGUGAAAAAAUCAAGAAAAAUAUUGUCAACACAUUUGCCUCAGAUAACAACAAAGAAAUGUGCGUUUGAAACGAUUGGUGACAACAACAAAUCGUGGAACCUAGACAGCCAGUGUGCGAGAGCGAGACCGUGGUCGUGCGUCCCUCUCCAACACACACACUGAAUCGGCGCCGACGACGCGUACGCAACAAACGAAAAUAAAACGCAAGCGAAAAGUAGAGAGAAAGAACAAAUAACGCCCACCGUAACACCCCCCGCGAAUAAGAAGAAGCAGAGUAGCUAAAGCAGAGAAAGACGAAGAAGCAGCAGCAAAAGCAGACGGCAGAAUUGGAGCUUUGCGCAGAAAUCGAUUUUUUUGCCCAUUUUAAGAGAUUUUCGGUAGCCUCUCCCACUGCCGAAAAUCGUUUAUCGCCACUGCUGCGUGCGUGGUUUGUGUGUGUGUGUGUGUGCGUGUGCCUGUGCGAAAGUGAAACAAACAAAUUCACCAAGCAAAAGAUUAAUAUUAUAUGGUACCAGUGUGAGUCACAAAUAGAAAGAGAGAAAAAAAAACAGAAAAAAGAAAAAUUAAUUCAGCAGCAGCUUUAGCUUUUUAGCUGCUGGCAUUGAAGAGGUGCUCUGCCGCAGUCGACGUCUCUGCCGCCGCCCGCAACACGCGCUCUCUUUGCCUCUCUCCGUCUCUCUUGUGAGCGAAAUAACACCACACCAAACGACACACACACGAAAAAAGCAUAAUAAUAUUAACCAAAACGCCAGCCAAAGUGCCAGUUAAGUUAUAAUUAUACACUAAAAGUAAACCGAGCAAAGAGAGAGCUGCCAGCCAAAAGCGGAAAAUCAAUAAAAGGUCUCUCGCAAAAGUGGAAAAACGUGCAAACAAGUUAAAAGCAGGGCUGCAAAAAAGAAAAAGGAAAAACUCCGCGCGCGUUUACACGUGUGGUGGUUUAUGUGUGUGCGUGAUUAACGUUUAACUGCUAAUCGCAAAAACGCAAUCUGCGAAGACCGCGUAACAAAGGCUUACGUAAAGCUUGGCCAAGGGAAAGAGCCAACUAACAACGAAGCAUAAAAAACAAUAUUUAAAAAAAUCCAACAAAUUUGAAAACUGCACAGUAAACAAGGAUAGCCCCAGAAAUUCGAAACUCCCCAAUUAUCAAAUCAGGAAUAACAUUCUCGCAUACCCUUCGAAAACAAGGAUAAUACCCCGACACAAAGAUGACUAAAGACAGAUUAGCCGCUCUCCAUGCCGCCCAAUCCGACGACGAGGAGGAGACGGAGGUGGCCGUCAAUGUGGAUGGCCAUGAUUCCUACAUGGACGACUUCUUCGCCCAGGUGGAGGAGAUCCGCGGGAUGAUCGACAAGGUGCAGGACAACGUCGAGGAGGUGAAGAAGAAGCACUCGGCCAUCCUGUCCGCCCCGCAAACGGACGAGAAGACCAAGCAAGAGCUGGAGGAUCUGAUGGCCGACAUCAAGAAGAAUGCCAAUCGCGUUCGCGGCAAGCUCAAGGGCAUCGAGCAGAACAUCGAGCAGGAGGAGCAGCAGAAUAAGUCGUCGGCGGAUCUGAGAAUCCGGAAGACGCAGCACUCGACGUUGUCACGGAAAUUCGUCGAGGUGAUGACCGAGUACAAUCGCACGCAGACCGACUACCGAGAGCGCUGCAAGGGAAGGAUACAGCGUCAGCUGGAGAUUACCGGACGACCGACCAACGACGAUGAGCUGGAAAAGAUGCUGGAGGAGGGCAACUCGUCUGUGUUCACGCAGGGCAUCAUCAUGGAGACGCAGCAGGCCAAACAGACGCUGGCGGACAUUGAGGCCCGCCACCAGGACAUCAUGAAGCUGGAGACAUCGAUCAAGGAGCUGCACGACAUGUUCAUGGACAUGGCCAUGCUGGUGGAGUCGCAGGGCGAGAUGAUCGAUCGCAUUGAGUACCAUGUGGAGCACGCUAUGGACUAUGUGCAGACGGCAACUCAGGACACCAAGAAGGCGCUCAAGUACCAGAGUAAAGCCCGACGAAAGAAGAUCAUGAUACUGAUCUGCCUCACUGUGCUGGGCAUCUUAGCGGCCUCAUAUGUUAGCAGUUAUUUCAUAAUCCAAGCAUCCAAGUAGCAUGCUCAUCAAGGCCUAUAAUCUGCAUUAUCUACUUACGUUUUGUAGUACAAUUCGGACAAUGCAAAAUCAUUAUAGUUACUAAUAACAAUAAACGCAAUGUGUAUGAGUUUUUGACAA